UUUCAGUUCCAACAUUUUAAGCAAACAGUUCAUUUUACAUUUUAACAAAAUUUGAAAUAAAGACAAAAAAAUUUCAUUUAAUUCAUUACUAAAUUCUUCAGUUUUUUUUAAUUAAAAUUACAAUGUGUGACUCAAAUGGUGAUUCAGCAAAGGUAACUAAUGAAGGUCGCAGCAUGGACGAGGGAUUCUGUCAUUUGAUGGGUGCAAUGUACAAUGACAUGCCAUCCGAGCUCGAUUCGCAAACGAAACGGAAUUCUGAAAUGACAAGAUCCAUUAGAUCCAUCCGUUUACCACGGCCUACGGCAUUUGCUGCACGUUAUGUGACCAAAGUGCUGCAUCCUAGUCCGAUGAUAGUCUCAAAGCGCUUCGUGAAACCGCAAAUGCUGGGCGACAACAACGGCCAAGGCUCGGAUCAGGAUCGUUUAUUGCGCAAACUCUUCUGUGUCCCUUUGCUAAGCAAGAUCGUGUUGCUAAUCACACCCAGGGGCAGCAACUCGCACAUGAAUGAUAUGUUCAAUAUCCAUGCCUAUAUGAUUGAGGAUCAAUUUCAUCUCGGUGUAACAAGUCUGACGGCAUCCGAACGCGAACUCUUUGUGAACCCACAAAAGCCAAAUAAUUAUGCUUUGAUCUGUUGCUCGGGCUACAUUCAUCUGGAGGAUGCUUUUAUGAAUGCCUCGCUAAAGAAGAAUAUCAUUCGAUUGUCAAAAAACAAAUCAAAUGCAGUCGUUGAAAUAAAAUGCAAAGGCAAAAGAUUAUCCCUCCAAUAUACUGGAGACCCGCAUCAACCAAAAAUCGAAGCAACUGGCAGUGGCAAAAGUCGACAGGUCAAGAUCCCAGCUCGUAAUGCAACGGCUGAAAUAUAUCCACUACAAUUGAAAAAUAUAUCUACAAAUCGGCAGAUAAAUGCUGCAACCUCAGAAGUGUCUCUAGAGAUUGUCGAUAACCAAAUCGAGGAACUAUCUGAAGCAAAUGCAAAUAGUGUUGAGCAACCACAGCCUCUUUCUCAAAUCGUGCACCCAAGCAUCCAACAAAACAUCGAUAACUUUAAGCAGAUUGUGGAGCAACAACCUGCAACUGAAACGGAGCCUCAUGUUAUGGACAAGGUUGAACACAACGAAGAACUAUCAGCUGAACUGCUCUCUAAUAAGGUGGAGCAAGUUCCUCAAGAGGAUAAGGAGAACAUCAAUGCUAGUAUUGAAAAGAUUGAGGAGCCAAUUAUUCAGCAAAACAAUAAAAACAUUGAGCAGAUUAUGGAAACGUCUGAUCAGCAUUUAAAUAAUGCCGAGAAGGUGCCUAAAGAGAUCGUCAAUAGUGAAAUCGAGGAACUCUCUCAGUCAAAUGCAAAUAGUGUUGAGCAACCACAGCCUCUUGCACAAAUCGUGCACCAAAACAUCCAACAAAACAUCGAUAAUGUUGAGCAGAUUAUGGAAUUAGCUGAGCAACAACCUUCAACUGAAACAGAGCUUCAAAGUACGAACCACGUUGAGCACAACGAGGAACUGCCGCCAAUUGAAUCAAAGCUUCAUAGUAUUGAGAAAGUUGAACAGAUCGAGGAACUCCUACGAAAUGCGAUGAAGAAUAUGCCACAACAAUUACUCAGCAGUUCAACUAUUUUGCAGAUCAAAGCAUCAUCUGAGCUGCGUACAAUUAUCGCUGACGAAGCUCAAGAUGAGAAGAAGGAAAACAUUGCAAGCGUUGAACAGGUUAAGGAGACAAUCAUACAGGAAGGCCAUAUGAAAACGUCUGAUCUGAUCAAUAACUCAAAAAUCGAAAAGCAAAAGAUCAACAAACUCCUAUCAAACGAAGCCAAAAAAGCAAUAAUUCGCGACUCGUUUCAAUGGAAUCCAAUAGAUAUGUGGAAACCACCUGAGGAGUUUAACGAAACUGUCAAGAAACCACCAACUCUUCAAACCUUCAACAAAUUGCAUAAGGAAAUGCUUAAACAGUUUCAAAUUAACAGACGACUGAAAGUUCUUGAAAAGGAGCAGAUUGCAAAUGAGGCCCUUAAUUCAAAGCACAAGAAGCAAACCAAUGAAAAUUUAGAUCAGCUCAUGAAAUCAUCUGAACUAAAUUUGUUGGCAGUAGAGAACUCUCAAGAGAAGUCAAAAGAUGAACUCCCUCAAGAAGUGACUUGCAAUUGUAGACUUGAGCAGUUAGAAAACCCAUCCGAACCAUGUGAAGUCGAAAAUAUUCAGAAGAUAACAAAUGAUGUCUCUGAACUGCUGCAAGAUGAGCUCAAGGACAUUAAAGAUGUGCCGAUUGAGGACGUAAGAGAGGUCAAGGAAGUUGAAAACCAAGUCAUAUAUUAUGUCAAGAAGCCAGCUACUCAGAAUUUCAACAAAAUUCACAAAGAGAGACUAAAACAGUUCCAAAUUGACAGGCGACUGAAGAGAUCUCUGCAAAGUCAGCAGGCUGCAAAUGAAGCAAGUCAAUCAAGCCUCUUUAAGGAGCAGCAAGUCAACAAUCGGCCACAAAUACGCGGACACACGACGAUAUAUCAACGUUCGAUUAGCUCCUGCUCGCAAUAUUCACAGCCAGUUCACAGCCCACCCGAACCAUGUGAUGUCGAAAAUAUUCAGAAGAUAACCGAUAGUAGGCAGAUUGUGGAAUCGUUAGAGCAUCAUUUAAAUGAUCUGGAGCCACGAGAGGAAAUGGACAAUUAUAAACAUACGAGGAAGCAAUCAAAUGAUGUCUCUGAACUGCUGCAAGAUGAGCUGAAGGACAUUAAAGACGUGCCGAUUGAGGACGUAAGAGAGGUCAAGGAAGUUCAAAAACAAGUCAAUAAGCCGACUAUUCCGAAUUUCAACAAAGAGUACAAAGAGAGACUAAAACAGUUCCAAAUUGACAGGCGACUGAAGAAAUCUCUGCAAAGUCAGCAGGCUGUAAAUGAAACAAGUCAAUCAAGCCUCUUUAAAGAGCAGCAGCUCAAUAAUCGACCACAAAUACCGCCGGUAUAUCAACGUUCGAUUAGCUCCUGCUCGCAAUAUUCAUAUCGAGGGCGUCGUCAGUCAAGAAUCUUCUCGAAAUCACAGCCGGACAAGAUGCUCUCCAGCGGCGGAACGUGGGAUGUCCGAGUGAAGCAAAAGAGAUCGAGCUGCAAGUCUUUAGUGACGGAAACUAGGAAGCCUCAAUGGGUCACAGCCGGGCUCAAUUCGAAGCAUCGCAAUUAUGUAGUGAUACACAAGCCAAAAGAAGUGAUCACUCUCAAGGCUCUCGAGGAGAAUUACGAGCGUGACAUGAGUUCAGCAGGUGAUGCAAUGCCUAGGCAAAACAAUAUGCUCGUAUUGUAUGAACAGGAUGAUGACGACUACGAUCCCAAUUAUUGUUACGAGCUGUGGCCCCCGCAGCUAUUGCAAUCCGAGUCGGAAGGAAGGAUCGACGAGUCCACAAUAGACUGUUUGAUACCCAACUCACAGACCAUUCUGGAUGCAAAUUCAACGCAAUUCGAACGCAUGAUGCAACAUCCAGUUGCAGUGCCAAAGACAUUUUCGCAUCGAGCUCGUCAGCUAAUAGAAGACAAACUAUCAAGCGUUGAUGCCAAGCAAGCGUUCCACAAUUUGGGCAGUCUGAUUCGACGCGUGAACUCGCGUCCCAUUCCCCAUGAACGGCAUCUGCAGAUACUCUUUCGCCUAUUCGCUCGGCUGGAUGUCCAACUCUUUGUGCGUGCCGAGUUCAAUCUUCCCGGCUGCGAUCCGACGCCAAAGAUGCCACGUUGUCGCAUCGAAUGCUUCUUCUUUCCGGAUCGCUCGGACUUUAUUGUGUCGAUGGCAGUUUUGCGCUCGCAACUGGAGCAGCUCAUGCGACAAAUACCUCAAAUAUUGCCGAAUUUACACUACUGUCGUGAUGCUUUUGAUUUGACUCGCGUUCCAGAUGUCGUUAGGAACUAUGUGCGCAGCUAUUUCAAUAAACUGCUGAAGGAUCUGAUUGCCGAGUAUUGCUAUCAGUUGAUUCAGGAGAAGACACCGAUCUCAGCCAUGCCUUAUGUGCCCACUGAUCACGACCACCAAGUUUCUGCCCUUAACACGAAAGAAACUCAGUUAGUAUUUGGUUUAACAAUAUGAUAAAUAUGUUUUUAAUAUCUGAUGACGAAUUAUUGGUGUAAUCAUCUUAGCAUAAAUUUUUGUAUGUCGUAAUAUAAUUUAAACAGAGAAAACUUA